UAAGGGUUGGCACGCAUUCCAACGGUAAAAAACGACACCGUUACCUUAUCACCCCAAAAUUAUGAUCAAAUCUUCUUACAAUAAUAAUAUCUUAAAAGUGGGAAAACUCAAUAACGAAGAAACGAAACUUAACCCAUGGGCCAAAUCAGACCCGAAGAUCUAAUCAUCGUAACCAGAGACCCGAACGGGAUUGGCUACAUCACGAUCAACCGCCCGAAAUCGUUGAACUCGUUGACUAGGUCCAUGAUGAAGGAUAUGGCACAGGCGUUCAAGUCCUUGGAUAAGGAUCCUUCUAUCCGGGUGAUAAUCUUGUCCGGAUCGGGUCGGUCGUUUUGUGCGGGCGUUGAUCUUACUGCGGCGGAGGACGUGUUCAAGGGUGAUGUUAAAGAUAUCGAGUCCGACCCUGUUGCGCAAAUGGAGCGGUGCAGGAAGCCGAUUAUCGGAGCCAUUUCCGGGUUCGCAGUGACGGCUGGAUUUGAAAUCGCGCUUGCUUGUGAUAUAUUAGUGGCAGCUAAGGGAGCUAAAUUUCUUGACACUCAUGCUAGAUUUGGUAUAUUUCCUUCAUGGGGUCUUUCUCAGAAGCUUUCUCGAAUUAUCGGCACUAAUAGAGCUCGUGAAGUGUCUAUAUCGGUUAUCCCUGUAACUGCAGAGCAGGGUGAGAGGUGGGGCUUGGUGAACCAUGUUGUUGAAGAAGGUGAUUUGAUAAAGAAAGCCAAAGAAGUUGCAGAGGCCAUUCUAAAAAAUAAUCAAGAUUUGGUGUUGAGGUACAAGGCAGUCAUAAAUGAUGGUUUGAAGCUGGACCUUGGCCACGCUCUUCAGCUAGAGAAGGAGAGAGCCCAUGACUAUUACAAUGGAAUGACCAAAGAGCAAUUCAAGAAAAUGCAGGAGUUCAUAGCUGGUCGGGGUGCAAAGAAGCCUUCGCCUAAGUUGUAAAGUCAACAUGUUGUGAUAUUGUUUUGGAAAAAAAAUAAAUUUGUUAAACUUGAAUCCCAAAAGGUGGGAAGAUUGAUAUGAAUAGAAGUUGGGUCCUCUUAAUUCUGCAGAUGCAAAGACUGUUCUUUUACUGUGUCACGAGAAUCUUUAUGUAUACAGUCAAUUCAUCAUGUAUCUAGGCAACUACAUAUCAUUGUAUGAUACUUGUUUGGCACCGAACAUAUGAUUUACAUUUCAUGCA